CUUCUCUCAAAGUGCUUUUCAGCAGUUCGCUUUUGGCUUAGUUCAGGUUUGCAUUCGUAAGCACACAUUUUUGGUUAUGUGUCCAGCAUCUCUACCAAUCGCAUAAGUGUGUUACUGAAGUCCGUGAGAGCGACAAAUCACCGCGACGUGAUCUCAAAUUUUGCGUAUCUCCAACUUGAAGUAUCUCCGAUACCAUAAGGCUCUAACAAAUUUGCCAGCGGCUCGCACCAGCUCAGACCUGCUCAGACGUAUCACGUUUGAGCAGGUGUCUCAAACUCCCGCAGUCUGUUGCUACCGAAAAGCUGGUGGACUCUGCCACCGCACAAGUGGAUAUGAAGCUUGUUAUAAGAAUUCAUCUAUAAAACUUCUUGAUUUCACCCCGAGUACAUCAUCGUCAAGAAUGAUGGCAUCUAGUACUAUCUCUCUACUACCAGUACCACCUGGUUCUCCGUUGAGCCUCUGGACAACCGUGCGUUCGAUUGGCGCAUUCAAUGCUACUUGUUCAUUUGCGGCACUGUGGGCUUUUGUCAAAGCUGUAAUGGCACUUCGCUGGCGAUUGAAGACGACUCGACUACGGGGUCCACCUCGUUCUAGCUUUGUAUACGGCGUUUCGAACGAUCUCGUCUCAUCUAAAGAUAGUGCUGCAAUGUAUGAACGUUGGGCGAAGGAAUAUGGGGUCGUGUAUGUGAUUCCGCGCGUCCUUGGGCGGACUAGAAUCGUGCUGUGUGACCCAAGAGCUAUAGCACAUUUUUUUGCCCGAGACACAUGGACUUACGUGCAAACGUCCUUUGGGUUGACGUUGGUAGAGAUCUCGAUCGGCAAAGGACUACUAUGGUCUUGGGGGGAAAGCCACAAAAGGCAGCGGAAGACCCUUACGCCAGCGUUCAGCAACGCGGCUGUUCGGAAACUCGCAUCAGUGUUUUAUGACUCAGCAUACAAAGUCAAGGGUGUAUGGGAUACCGCUAUAGACUCUAGCAACGAUGGGAAUACUGUCAUCGAUGUUCAAAAAUGGAUGAAUCAUAUCUCUCUAGAUACGAUUGGCAUCGCUGGUUUCUCCCAUGAUUUUGGCUCGCUCGACGGGAAGCACACCAGCGUAACCGAAGUGUUUGAUUCGUUCGGGAACAACUCACGGCCCUCAGCAUUGGGCUUGUUUAUCAUUGCGCUAGCGCAAGCGUUUCCUAUCGUUCUCAAGAUGAUUCCUACUAAGCGGACGAUUCGGGCGAAGAAACUUGGUGCAACCAUGGGUGAAAUAUCCAACAAAUUGUUGAUUCGCAGUCACCAGGAGAAGGACGCGAGCAUGAAAGACGCAGAAGAGAAGUCUGUUAUUGGACAGUUGAUCAAAGCCGAAGAUCAGGAUGCCCUUCAUCUGUCCAAGGAGGAAGUAGUGGCUCAGAUGAAGGUGUUACUUGUUGCGGGUUACGAGACAACAUCCAUUAGUCUUACGUGGGCACUGAUCGAGCUAUCGCAACACCCCGAUGUCCAAACCAGACUCAGAGAGGAACUACUUGCGUUUGGUGCUGAUCCGACAUAUGACCAAUUAAAGGCUAACCUCCCGUACUUGGAUGCGAUUGUCCAUGAAAUUCUACGACUCCAUCCUCCGGUAAUCGAGGCCAUUAGACUUGCAGCCGCAGAUGACGUUAUUCCCUUGAGCGAACCUGUGCGCACGGCAUCUGGGGAAAUGAGCGAUAGUAUCUCUAUAGCGAAGGGGUCAGAAAUUAUGGUCUCGGUCGAGGCAAUCAAUCGCUCUUUCGCCGUCUGGGGACCUGACGCAAAGAAAUUCAAGCCUGACCGUUGGCUAGCUGAAGAGGGCAUCAGUGGGAAGUCCAAGGAAGUCCAAGGUUAUAGACAUUUGCUAUCAUUUCUCGACGGCCCGAGGACUUGUCUUGGGAAAGAUUUUGCAAUCGCAGAAUUCAAGAUGGUUCUAUUGGUUCUGGUGAAGAAUUUUGUGUUUGAGAUGCGGGAUGGACCAGAUACUGAGGUCGAAGUUGCGAAGGGGAUUUUGCCUCGUCCGCGGGUUGUUGGAGAGGAUGGUAAUGCAGUACCUUUGCGUGUUCGCCGAUAUGAAUGAUUCAUUGCGCUGCACUGGCCGGUUUAAAUCUUGCUCUGUUUUCCUCACUGAAUAUCCGCAGCUAAAACGUUCGGAUUGUAUUCACUGAUUCUGGUGUAAGCCUAUGACAUGAAUUUUUGAGUCUUUUUGCAC